AUGAGCAGGUCAAGAAGUUAUCGACUUCCUAAGACGCAUAUCCAUGACUUAACACUGGUUUUGAUUCCAGAGCAUGGUGUUCUGAGACUAUGUCCGAAGGCACAAUUAAAUAAGGAAAGGAAGGAUAGAGAAUUUUGUCUUUCUGAGAAAUUAAGACACCAACCAUUAGAGAAAGUUUUGGAAGGAGCCAAAAUAUCGGUCAACGAAGUUCUUAAAUAUGAGUUGAAGGACAGUGACUUUUCAGAUGAUAGACAGUACCAUCGUACUUAUUUAGUUAGGCCUGGUUUAUCGGCCAAAAGGUUCCUCGUUCAGUGGGUACGUCAGUUAAGCGAAGACGAGCUUAUCAGAAUUUUUAGCAAGAAGGAUGCAAUUCAACGACGACCGUUGUCUUCAUUUCUAAAUUAUGGUCAUUUGGAAGAUGUGGAUUUCACACUUAAUGAAGAUAUUAAGAAUGGACUUAAAUUACGUCGUUCCUUAAGUGUUCCAGCAGAAAUCUGGUUUACCGAGUCUGAUGAAGCAGAUGAUAUAGAAGAUGUUUCCCCCGAGUAUUUAUUCGAGUCCGUUGUCCCGCCGAACAGUACACAACCAACUGAUUAUUCAUUUUGUAUGGAACCACAAAACCUUAGAUACGAGACAACUCAUUCCCUCGAUGAGCUGAUUAGCGAUGUAAAUGAAAAUGAAUUGUUAGCAUUCAGUUCUUAUGAUCCAGAUCAAUUUAUUCAAACACAGAAUACUGAUAACAAUAAUACAAUUGAAAAUGAAAAACAUAUUAAUUUAAAUAUAACUAAACAGAAUCAAGAAAAUUCAGUAGUAAAUAUAAAUAAAGAUAAACUGAUCAGUUCAGAGAUAAAAGAUGAAAUCCAAUAUUCAAAUGAUAACAUUGUCAAUGAAAUUCCUACAACAAUAAUUAAAAGUGAUUCAAAUGUUGUCAAUGAGUCACCCAUGUUUGAUGAUGACGAUGUAUUUUUGAAUGGAUCCAAUGAUGAUGAUGAUGAUGCAAACAAUGAAAUUCGUAUUGAACAUGACGAUUAUCAAUAUGAAACGGAGAGUAAUCGAAAUGAAUCGAUCGAACAAGAAGAAAAUAUUCCUUUUAAUAUAAAUGAAGAAGGAAAUGCAUUAUCAAGAAAUAAAACAUUACCGAUUAUAAAAAGAAAAUCUAAAAAAACAUCUAGUAUUAAUCCGAAUCAAGUUCAUGUACGUGGAAAGAGAUUCAAAUCGGACAGUGAUUCUACGAUAUUAGAAGAAUCUACACUCAAAUUGCCACCAAUAAUUUCAAAAUAUCCAAAUCAACAAUCAUUUAUUCAAAUGAAUGAAAGUGCCGAGAAAGGAAACAACAAAUUAAAACAAAAUUCUAGCGAUAAUAAUAAUAUGAACAAUAAUGAUGUUGAUGAUGACGAUGAUAAUAGAAGUGAAGAAAAUGUAUUCACUGGUAUUGAACAUAGUUUAUCGUUUAAUACACCAGUUAAAGUCUCAAUGGAGUCCGUGGACAAAUUACCAUUUAUAACGGAUUCCAAUGAAAAUAAAAUUACAAUGUCAACAUUAAAUAUUUUUAAUCACGAUGCGCAUUCCGACGAUUGUGCUUGUCUUGAUGACGACUUGAACAGACCAUUGAAAAAUGACGAUGAUAACAUUUUACUAAGACCAGACAAUUCUGCGAAUGAUAAACGACACAGUAUUAUUAUUAAUCUUGAACCAAUCCUUCCAAUAAUUGAAACCAACAAUAACUCAAUGGGUUAUUGGCCUAAUAAAACGGCACGUAUUGACAAAGAUGCACAAUUUGCUUUUGUUCCAAUCAAUCAAUCUGAUGUACCACUGAAUUCAGCAAAUGAACCAACUGGGAGAAGACCGACUGAGCUGAAAUCUGAACGUUCAACUAUCAGAAAGCAACCGAUUGGUCAAAUAUCACAAACAAAUUCCUAUAGUUUAGGAUUAACAGUGAUAGAUUCAUUAAAAAAAGUACAAAAAGCUGUUAAAGACAAUGUUCCAAUGCACAAUCCACCAAUAAAAAGACACAUAAAACCGCGACCUAAUCCUGAUGAUUUUUGUAUGACGAUGUGGAGUUAUCAAGAAAUAAAACACGAAGAAGUUCCACUUCCUGAAUUACUCGAAAUCCUUCUAUCAGGGAAAUCAGAUUUAAUUUCAAAAAGAGUUUUUGGUGAAAUUCAACCACAUCGUAAUUUAGCUCAAGAAUUAAGAACUGCUAUCGAGACAAUUUAUCGUGUCUUACCAAAAUCGCAUGCAUUUGGUAGUAUAGCUAAUUUAAUUGGAAUACGACCAGGUUAUAAACUAGAAACACAAAUAUUAAAACAUGGUUAUACACAAAAAGAAUACAAAAAUAUACUUAUUAAAACACUUAGAGAUGCAUUUAAGCAUAGUACACUGCAACAAGUGAUGUCGAUUCAACAAAAUUAUGAUUUAGAAAAGUUAAUUAUACAAAUUGCUGAAGUAUGCAGUAUAGUAGCGACAGAAUUAAUAGGAUCAGAUACAGCAAAACCUGGUAAACAUUUUACAGGUUUAAACUUGGAAACACUAAUCAUGAAUCUGGUCAAAGGGGCUAUUUAUGACACUCCACUUGCUAAUCGUGGCGUUUUAAGUGGAUUAUUAGCUGCAGCUGGAGGUGGGAUCGAAGCUUUACUGGGUUUGAUUGGAUCGGUCGGUGGUGGUGUUGAAGGAUUAGCUAGGCUACUAGCUUCAGGUGCUAAUCCAUCUGAAGCUUUAGGUGAAUUAUUAAAAGGUCUCGAUGAUGAUCCACUAAAUGCUUUAAAACAACUUGCCGACGCUAUGGGUGGAGGUGUAGAUGGAAUUAAAAAUAUAUUGAAUGCACUAGGUGGUGAUAAACAAACAGCUUUAAAAGAACUAAUCAAACAAGUUGGCGGUGGCGCUGAAGGAAUUAAAAAUCUAUUCGAAGCUGCUGGUGGUAUCAAAGAAUUAAUGGAAAGUUUAUUUGGUGAAGGUUCAGAAGGAUUAGCUGGCUUAAUAGCAGCUGCUGGAGGUGAAUUAGAAGAAUUAGGCGGUGAUCAUGUAACUGGAUUGAAAAAUCUUUUAACUGCUAUCGGUGGAGAUAAUGUAGCUGAUGCCUUGUCUACUCUCAUAAAAGCUGCUGGUGGUGUAAAAGAUGGGUUAUCCACUUUAUUACAAGAAUCUGGCGGUGGUCUCAAAGGUUUGGAGAAUUUACUUGAAGCUAUUGGCGGUGGUGUUGUAGGGUUGAAAAAUUUAUUGGAAGCAACGGGUGAUGAUCCAACUGAAGCAUUGGCUAACAUUUUAGCUGCCGCUGGUGGUGGAAUAGAUGGUUUAAAGAAUCUAUUGGAAGCUAUAGGUGGUGGUGCUGAGGGAUUGAAAAGUUUGUUGAAUGUAAUGGGCGAUAAUCCAAACGAAGCUUUAUCUAAUAUUCUAAAAGCUUCUGGUGGAGGUAGUGAAGCCUUAAAAAACUUACUUGAGUCGAUCGGCGGAGGAGUUGAAGGCUUACAAACACUUUUACAGGCAUUAGGAGGUGAUCCUACACAAGCUUUAGCCAAUUUAAUCGCUUCUGUUGGCGGAGGAGAAGAAGGUUUGAGGAAUUUCAUUGAAGCAGUUGGUGGCGGUGCUUCUGGACUGACCAAUCUUUUAAAAUCUUUGGGUGGUUCUACCAAAGAAGCUUUAGAAGCUUUGCUAACUGCUUCAGGUGGAGGAAUAGAGGGUUUGAAAAAUUUAGUGUCUGCAGCUGGUGGAGGAGCGGAAGGCUUGAAAAAUAUCAUAGAAGCUGCUGGAGGUGGUUUAGAAGGAUUAAAAAACCUGUUAUCUUCACUUGGAGAUGAACCAGUUGAGUCGUUGAGAUCGCUAUUGUCAAAUAUUGGAGGCGGUGUUGCAAAUCUAAUUACAGCUUCUGGGGGCGGUGCAUCUGGUUUAAAAAAUCUGUUUGAUGCAGUUGGUGGAGGUGUAAAAGGUUUAACCAAUUUAUUGAGUGCGUUAGGUAGUGAUAUGAAUGAAGCACUAAUUAACCUACUUAACGUAACUGGUAACCAAGAAGAAGAUUUCAAGAAUUUGAUUGAAGCAUUAGGUGGUGGUGUUGAAGGUCUUGACAAUUUAUUCAAAGUUAUCGGUGACAAAGUUGGCAUUGAAGGUUUAUUAAAAACAUUAGGUGGUGGAGCUAAAGGUUUAGCAACUUUGUUGAAUUCAUUUGGUGAAAAUGGCAAUAAAGAAGAAAUAAUAAGAAAAUUAAUAGAAAUGUCUGGUGGGGGUGUAGAAGGACUAGCUGCUUUAUUAAAAUCUUCUGGUGGCAGUAUAGAUUCUAUUAAAGAAAUCUUGAAUGCAUUUGGUGGUGGACAUGAAGCAUUAGCUAAAUUACUGGCAUCAUGUGGUGAUAAUCCAGCAGAAGCAUUAAAAGUCCUGUUAGAAAUGUUAGGUGGUGAUGAAAACGCAUUACGAAAUCUAUUAUUAGCCAGUGGACUUGAUCCAAAUGAUCCAACUGCUUUGAAACUACUUUUUGAAUCAUUAGGUGGAGCUGAUGUAGGUCUCACAAUUUUAGUUAAUGCUAUGGGUGGUGGUGAAGAAGGAAUGAAGAAAUUGUUGAAAACACUUGGUGAUGAUGGACUUGCCAAUCUUAUCACAGCAGCUGGUGGUGGAGAAAAUGGAAUGGAAGCUUUAAUUAAAGCUAUAGGUGGUAAAGGUGUUGAAGGUUUGACAGCGUUCAUUAAUCUAUUAGGUGGAAAAGAAUAUGGUCUAGCCACUUUAAUUGCAGCUGCUGGUGGUGGACAGGUUGGAUUAGCCGCAUUACUUAAAGCCGCUGGAAAGUUUUCUGAAGAUGGAGAUGGUUUAGCGGCGUUGAUUGCAGCAGUUGGUGGUGGUGCUGAAGGUUUAGAAGUAUUAAUAAAUGCGGCUGGUGGGGAUGAAGAUGGAUUGAAUAACUUAUUACAAGCAGCUGGUGCAACAGACUCUGAAUCUAAAGCUAAUAUUUUAAAAACUUUGAUUACUGCUGGAGGUGGAGGUCAAGAAGGUUUCAAUAAUCUUCUAAAAAUACUUACUCGAGGUAAACAUAAAAAACCAAUAGAUGGAUUGUCGAAUUUAUUAAAAGUACUUGGAAAUAAUCCAGAUACAUUAGGAAUUCUUUUAGAAGCGAUUGGUGGUAGUUCAGAUGGAUUGGCGGAUAUACUGGCAGCGGCCGGGGGAGGUGCAGAAGCCUUACAACUCUUGAUUAAUGCAGCAGGUGGUGGUGCUGAAGGUUUAGUUAAUUUAUUAGCUGCAGCUAAACUUGACAGUCUACAACAAUUAGCAGAUGUUUUAGCUGCCGCAGGUCUUAGUGAUGAUCUUGUUUCAGCUGCUAGAUCGGGUAAUUUAUCGGAAUUUUCAGAGUUAGUAGCCCAUAAUGCAGCAGAAGAGAAUUAUAUGAGAACAAGAAGUGGUAAAACGAAAGAACUGUGUAGAGAAGAAAAAGAAUGGCUUCGUACACGUCCAACUGGCCCUAUCAAUUUCUUUCGUAAACUUACAACUACAAAACAAACUUAUAGAAAAUGGAAAAAAUUAACUGAAAUGGCUUUUGCAGCACAGAAAGAAGUAGAUUUGACUGUUCUACCGGAAUUUUCUCAGUCAACUAUUGAAUCAUCACUACUUCAUCUUCAUCCAUAUCGACAAUGUAAUCAAGAGCAGUUAAACAAGUUUGCAACUCAAUUAAAUUCUAAUAUUUUAAAGUCUCUUAAAACACAAAUGAUACGGUUAGACAAAAAAAUUGAUUCUGAUUUAAAAGAAACAGAUUUAUUCAACGAAAAUCAAUGUCUUGAAGAACAACGUCUUAGACAAGAAAAAGAAGAAGACGGAAAUCAAACAUUUGAUUUAACAAAAAGUCAAUUAUUUGGUGAAGAAGAACGUCAAAACGAAGAAGAGUUGUUAUUGGAAAGCAAAAGAUUAAUAGAAGCAUUUGAAAAUCACGUUAAUAUGCGUAAAAAGCUCAGAGAUGAAGAAAUCUUAGCUAAAUAUAAAAAUAAAGAUGAAUUAGUUAUUCCUGAACUAGAAGGCUUUCAACAUACUUCUGAUAAGGUUGAUCUUCAUGAAUUAAAACUUGAAGAAGUAUUGACUGAAGUUACAGAUGAAGAAGAAGAAGAAGAAGACAACGAAGUUGAAGAAACGCGUGAAGACAUACGCAAAUCAACAAGAGUGCAAUCACCACUUCUAAUAGUACAUGAUUUAUUACGUGAGAGUAUAGGUCUGGAACGAAAUUUAAAGAUUACUCCCGCUUUCGUGUGGUCAUACUUUGAGUUACUCAGAAAAAUGGAUAAAAGGCUUCAAUUAACAGGUUCUGCUGAUCCAGGAGAUGAUAAUAGAAUGAAUUCAUCACUGGAUGUUAUUGUUUGA